AUUGGCCCGACUUCCACAAACUUCCGGAAGGAGGCUCGAGGAUUCACUUUCAAGUUUCAGCUACUGCAGCAUCCCGUCUGAACAUCUUGCAACCUUUCUUCAUCGGGUUUUAAAUCCCCAAAAUCUUGCGUCCCACCUUUUCAAGCAUCAUCAGGCAGAAGUAGUUGUAAUGGCAAAGCAUCAUCCGGAUUUGAUCAUGUGCAGGAAGCAGCCUGGAAUUGCCAUCGGGCGGCUUUGUGAAAAAUGCGAUGGCAAAUGCGUAAUUUGUGACUCGUAUGUGCGUCCAUGUACACUUGUACGUGUAUGUGAUGAAUGCAACUAUGGAUCCUUCCAGGGUAGAUGUGUCAUUUGUGGAGGUGUUGGUAUCUCUGAUGCUUAUUAUUGCAAAGAAUGCACGCAACAAGAAAAAGAUCGGGAUGGCUGCCCGAAGAUUGUCAAUUUGGGCAGUGCUAAAACUGACCUGUUCUAUGAACGUAAAAAAUACGGAUUUAAAAAACGAUGAUUGUGAUUGAAGAAUGAAGAAUGAAUAAUGAAGAAUGAAGAAGAUGUUGAUGAGUCGUGAAAUGUUUUGGUGAUUUUAAACUUGGUUAGAAUAUGUGUAUUUUGAUGGUGAUGUGUUCUCUAAUUGAUUACCUACUAUGUUAUAUUUUUAACUCGUCUGGUUGUAUUGUGUUUGAUGUGUAUUGGAUUGACACCGAGAGAGAAAGAGAAGUCUGGUUAUCCACAAUGCAACAAGUUGGAUUGUGUUUGGUGGGCUUUAGACUGAUAUUGGAAUUGAUGGAUCGAUGCU